AUGCUUGCAAAAUGAAACCCAAACACGUUUUACCAUAUAUAUCACAAAUGUCUAGGUUCGGUGAAUCUCAAUCAUCUGCUACAGCUGCAGCAUAUAAGGCCAUUCAGCAUUAUCAAUCUGACCCGAGUUGUCUCUGCCACUGCUGUAGGAGUGCUGCUAGUUCUUAGACUUUUAGCAGAACAAUAUCCAAGCCAUGGGAGAGGCAGCAGUAGACCCAGCUUUUGUUCAAGACAUUGAACACAGGCCUAAACCCACAAGAAUUGAAGCUGAAGGCAUCCCACUCAUUGAUCUCUCUGCGUUAAACUCUCCCCAUUCUGAUGCUGAUUUGGCGCGCCUGGUCUCUGAGAUAGGUGAUGCAUCCCAAAAAUGGGGUUUUUUCCAAGUUAUCAAUCAUGGGGUUCCAUUGGAAUGCCGAGAAAAGAUCGAACUGGCAUCGAGAAAAUUCUUUGCUUUACCCAAAGAGGAGAAGUUAAAGGUGGGGAGGGACGAAGCGAAUCCUUACGGAUACUAUGAUACCGAGCAUACAAAAAAUGUUAGAGACUGGAAAGAAGUGUUUGAUUUCUCUGUGAAGAAUCCUACAUUUAUUCCAGCUUCUCAUGAACCCGAUGAUCAAGAAGUCAGGGAAUUGACUAAUCAAUGGCCUCAAAAUCCUCCGGAGUUGAGGGAAGUUUGCGAAGACUAUGCUCAUGAAGUGGAAAAACUGGCUUUCAAGUUAUUGGAGCUAAUAGCUCUGAGUUUGGGGUUGCCCAAGAACAGGUUCAAUGGCUUCUUUGAGGACGAAACGACCUUUAUCAGGCUCAAUCACUACCCACCUUGUCCUAGCCCUCAUUUGGCUCUCGGGGUUGGUCGACAUAAGGAUGCUGGGGCCUUGACCAUUCUUGCUCAAGAUGAUGUUGGAGGACUUGAAGUGAAGAGCAAAACUGAUGGAGAGUGGAUUCUUGUGAAACCAACUCCUAAUGCUUAUAUCAUCAAUGUUGGUGACAUUAUCCAGGUGUGGAGCAAUGAGAAAUAUGAGAGUGUAGAACACAGGGUGAGUGUGAAUUCUGAGAAGGAAAGGUUUUCCAUUCCGUUCUUCUUCAAUCCAGCACACCAUACCUGGGUUCAACCCUCGGAGGAACUCAUCAAUGAGCAGAAUCCUCUCAAGUAUAAGCCCUAUAACUGGGGAAAGUUCUUCACAACCAGAAAGCGCAGUAAUUUCAAGAAACUUAAUGUUGAAAAUUUGCAAAUAUAUCAUUUCAAGAUUGAUAACUAAGAAGCUGCUGUAUUGGUGCUUGCUCGUGUUAAAACAUGUAAUAUGCUUUCAGCUUUUCACCUUGCCCGGGAAGGCUACUUAUUCUGUAUCUGUAAAUGAGUGAAGAAUAAAAUUAGAAGUGCUGAAAUAAAGGAUCACAGCUCACUUGAGUAUCCUACUUUA